AUGGUCUGUUUCGCCUCGCUAUUCCUGGCUGCCGUGCUGGGCUUCGGCACGCCCAUGCUCACCGAGAACUUGCGGGGCUGGAUCCGGAAGCCCCAGGUGGCUUCCCCAACAGCUCCGUCCUUUCGCGGCGUGGCCGCGGAACCAUGGGAGGAGGUGGAGGCCCCGCUCCCGGAGGAGAAAGUGCACGGAGCUCACUGGCUGGAAGCGCUGUUGGAUUGGAUCGACCGGAGCGGAUGGCUCCUUGCAGCUUCGGCCAUCUGCAUCGCUCCAGCGAGACGUUAUGGGCUGCAGUCACGACUCCGUCAGCGCAGCGCGCUGCGAGCCGCGAUGGACGCGGAGGGCCUUGGUGGCUUUGUCGUCAAACUGGCGCUGCCUACCAUCGACGAGGAGUCGUCUUCGAUAGCGUCCACACCCUUUCAGCCAACACCACGUGAGCCUGACAGUGUCCCUGUCACGCCCGCGGUAGAGCAGUGCAAAGAGGAGACGGAGUGCAAGGUGCUGCCGCUGCCUGCGCAGCCUUGCGUGCCCCGUGCAGAACCGGAGGAAGAGGCUCCGCCGACCAACAAGCAAGCGCCGCCUCCCCCGCCGCCACCGCCACCGCCAGCGCCACCGCGCGUAUCCUGGCGCCGCUCGGCACCGUCAUUCACGUUGUCUGAAGAGGUCUACCUGUCCGAAGAACUGGGCCUACGUUGCGCCCACCGCGCGGUGGUGGUCCCGGCCGAGACUCACAAGGAAGCUCAGGCAGCCGAGACUGCCAGCGCGACGAAGGAGCCAAAGCCGCCCCAGCCGAAGAAGCAGACGCGCCCGCGCUUCGCUGUCAGGUCGCAUCCUCUCCCAGCCUCUCUUCGACCACUGCCUGCUGUCGCCGAGGACGUUCCGUCCGAGGCGCCAGACCAAGUGGACGAAUCCCCCAAGGCCCCCAAAGAGGUGAUGCAACCGCAACCCGAAGUCGCGAGAUCUGAGGUUCCCAUUCCGGCCAUCCGGCCGACAUUGCCAAAGCUUGCAUUGCCUUCGCCGAAGGCCAAGGACCUCGGAGAUCUCCGCCGGCGGCCACGGAUGUCGUCAAAGCGCAGCGCCUCCCUCCCGCGGACCGGUGCUGUGGCACCCCUCGGCUCGCCGCGUGCGUUGGUGUGCUUCUUUGAGGAGCCGGCGCCCGUGUUGCCUUCGCUCCUGGAUGAAAAUGCCAAGUCGCCACGGCCUUCGCCGCGAGACCCGUUCUCCUUCUACUUCGACGACAUGGACUACACCGGAGCAAGCGGCGACAGCGACUCGGUUCGGUCUUGGUCGAAGGAGAGCUUCUCAGAGAUGGACGGGCUUGCAGGGAUCUGCGGUAGGAUUGCGCCGAUCUCGGGACACGCACUGUCUCAGUCCCGGGCAGAACCUGAUUUCGCCGAGUUCCCCCUGCUCCUCCCCGAGGCGCCACCACCAGAGAAAGGUUUCAACGCGCACGAGAAAGUCACCUUUCAGAAAUUGGUUCUUGAGGUCCUGUUGCUUGGCGCCGCAAGGAAGGUGCAACCAAGUCGAGUCGCACGGUUGACCACAGAAGCCUCAUCUCCACGCUGCGUCGUGUCUGUGCCAUGUGAAGCAAAUGCUAUGCUCCUUUACAACAACCGGAGACUGUUGCGGCUCCUCUUGCAGCGACAGGGGAGCAUUUUCUUCCGGCCUGAGACACUGCUGGCGGGAUUUGUACUUGCCGGACUUGGUGCCGCCGUCCAGCACUCGAUAGAUAGUGGCUGGGAGUACGCUCCGAACAUCGAACACCAUUACGGCUUCCAGGCCGUGGGGGUCGGAGUUACUUUCGCCAUCGUCUUCCGAACCCAACUGGCGUGGGGAAGGUUCUGGGAGGCAGUCACCCAUCUCCACAUGAUGUACAGCAAGUGGAUGGAUGCUUUCGCACAGUUUCAGGCUUUCGCAGAAAUCACGGCCAAGGCGGCAUUCGAGGAGGGCAAUCGAGCCAGAGCCGACCUGCUUUGGCAGAAGCAGCUACGGAUGAAGUGGAACUUUGCCUUGCUCAGCGCCUUCGCAGCGGAAAGGCUUUCACGUGGAGACAAUGAGCGUAUGAAGGACGAUGGCUUCGAGCGCAUACGCUCACGCAUUUCCAUGCGAGUCGAGGACGAGCGCUGCGCAGCUUCGCUUCCGAAAUUCGUGGAGAGGAGGCAUUUCAAGCGUGACAGCAUGUACGAUGCCUAUCCCAUCUUCGAGCUCCCCUCAAAGGACCAGCAAGAGCUGCUGGUGCGAUCGUACGACCACGUUGCCACAGUGAUGUACUGGAUUGUGUGGGAUUUAGCCGAUUCCAUGAAGCACUUGGACAUUGCAGCGCCGAUCCAGUCUAGAAUGUAUCAGGAGCUGUCCAAUGGCAUGCUCGGCUUCUGCAACUGCCAAAAAGUUGCAGAUGUUCCGUUUCCCAUGCCUUAUGCACAGCUGCUUGGUUGGCUGCUGAUCGGCUUCUCGUGUUUCAUCCCGGUGUAUGUCACGACAUUCACAGGCUCCUAUGUUGUUGGGCCUAUUCUGUGCUUCAUCCUCUUCAUAAGUCUAUGGAGCUUGAACGAGGUUGCCAUGGAGCUGGAAAACCCUUUCGGGCAGGAUGCGAAUGACAUUCCGCUCUUGGACUUCCACCUCCGCUUCACGGACGUGCUGGCAGAAAUUUGCCAUGCCAACCAUCACGCCAUGCUGUGCCAACCCCUGAUGGGGGUGGAGCUUAGUGCUGCAGAGGUCUGUCGCGCUUGGGUCUGA